UCUGUGCAUGUUGAGGGGGUGUUUCUCGGACGAACACUCCCACGGGGAAACAGCCAAACACACAAAGAGCAGGGAACUAACAAACAGAAAGCAGUGACAUUCCCUUUUGAGAAGAGAGCACUGUUUGUUCUACCGCUAAGCAAAAACAUGAGAAAACUUUGGAUUCUCCUUCUUCUUUUUGCUCUGUUUAUACAUGGGACGCUUCAAAAAAAUGGGAGAAAGACAUCAAAAGCCAAGCAAAACAAAACCAAGAGAGAUUUCCCCAUGCCCAGAGUCUUUAAAGGAGUCCCUCUGACAAAGUCUCCCCUCCAAGGGACACAAGCUCCUAAUUCAACUAUCUCUCCAGCUCUGGGGUCCAUCAACGAAAUUGCUGUAAGGUACCUCAAAGGGCCCCUGAGCACCAGAGCUUUCCCCAUCAUUUAUUUGGGGCUGGUAAUCGUCGGCAUCCCAGCCAACCUCACCAUCCUGUGUUUACUCCUGACCAAAGUCAGAAAAGUGUCGUCGGCCAUCCUCUACUGCAGCCUGGCUGUCUCUGAUCUAUUCCUCCUCAUCUCCCUCCUUUUCAAGUCUCACUACCAUCUCCUUGGAAACCACUGGGUGCUCGGAGAGGCUGCCUGUCGAGCCGUUACGGCCUGUUUCUACGGUAACCUCUACUGCUCGGCCCUGACGUUGGCCUGCAUUGCCGUCAAGCGCUACAUGGCCGUGGUGCACCCGUUCAUAUACAAAACACUACCAAAGCUGAAGAGUACGGCCUUGGUCGUCCUGGCCGUGUGGGGGGUGUUUGUUGCAGCGAUCAUCCCUGAGCUCUUGGUCCAGCAGACCUUUUGGCUUCCCCAGCUGAACCGCACCUCCUGCCAUGAUGUGUUGCCUCUGGAUUUCAACUCUCAUGCAGUCCUGCUGUUUUCCAACCUGAUUCUGACGGUUCUGUGCCUUCUGCUGCCGAUGGUGGUCACCUUCGUGUGCUUCAUCAAAAUCUUCAGAGCUCUUAACCAGUCACACUAUGACUGGGCCAUGUACAUCAAAUCCAGUUCGCUGGUGUUUACUAUCUUUCUAGUGUGUUUCCUUCCUGUCGGGGUUCUGCACUUCCUACAUUAUAUGUGUCUGUUUUUUAAUUUAACAGACAGUCUCUACAUAUACUUUAACACAGCAGUGUGCCUCUGCUGCAUCCAUGCUUGUCUGGACCCCUUCUUCUUUAUCCUCAUGUCCAAAUCUACUGGCAGUAAAAUGUACUUCCUAAGUUUUAAAGGUAAAAGCUUCAGCAUAUCGAUUUAAAAAAAGACUCUGUGUUUAACAAAACUAAGAAACUGUGAAACUCUCUUUUGUGGCUGGUACCCAAAGAGGAAGUACUGUGGUGCAGUUUGAAGCACUGGUCUUGAACUUUACUGCUUUAAAUAUGGCACUUUUUUCUAUAAAUAAAUGUUUGCAACAGAUUGACGUAAUGGAAAGAAGCUGGAAAUAAACAUGUACAUACCCUGAUCUUCUUUAACUUAACUGAUUUGAAGUUAGAAUUACUAAAUAAAGUGACUGAACCCAGAAGCAACAUUAAAAGAUAAUUAUUUAAUAAAUAAUAAAAAGUUACCAGAGCAAAUUGUUACCCAAAUAAAAGUAAAUAUGACUUAAGCCAAAUUUUACUUUCAGUAAAAGUCACUUAGUUACUUUAAUGUAACCAAUAAGAAAUCCUUCUGGUCCAUUUCAUAAAAGAAAAGAUGAGAUACAGGCCUUAAGCUGUUAAUCAAUAAUCAACAGCUGCAAAAAAUACAAGGAGAAAUAAAAAUCCUGGGAACAAAAUCACCACCUUUGAACCAACGAUUGUAUAAUACGUUAAAAUAAAUUACCUGUACUUGUAUAGCACUUUAUGUUGCUUCUCUGUUUCUAAGUUAUUCAAUUACCCAUUUAAACUUUAUAGACGUUCAAAUGCUGACAUAUGUUAAGUUGUGUUUUAGAUUUUAAUUUCAGUUACAUUGCUCAUAAAUGGCAAAUUUGUGCCUGACAUUUAUGUAGAUAACAAAACAAAAAAAUAGACUGUGGAUCAUCCUGAGAAGGUCUGGCUCCCAAAGGUCCAGCUCCUCCACUGGGUGCACAAUCUGCCCCCUACCAAGCCAGCUGCCUAGAAACUUCCGUAUUUGGUAAAGAGAUACGCAGCCCUGAUGUUUUUUUUUAAGUAAAGCUGGCAUGCUAAACACAUAAAAUAAAAGCUGCAGAGUGUAAGCUAGCUUAGUUGGUCAAUAGAUUGUCAGAUUAGAUUUGUCAACACUUAUGGCAGAAGAUAUUUUUUCUAUAUUUUUGAAAUAUAAAAGGUCAUUAAUAUAAGUGCAUAAAAUAUGAUUUUGAAAUAAUGCAUUUGAAGGAGUUAAUACAUUCUAACCUUUUUUUUGUUUUUGUUUUUUGCUGUCCCAUGUCAUGUGGCUGCAGUUUCAGAUUAUUAGAAAACACUUCAAAUUUAAAAUGCUGGGUUGCAGACAGUGGUCAUUUGACUAGAUCAUUUUUUUCUAUUUUACCACUUAGGUCUAAAGUUUCUACUGCUGCCUUGUUUGUCAUUAACUUCUAUUGUACCUACAUUACUUGCGUCUAAGCCAUAUGAAGAACUAGUACAAUCCACUCAUUUUGUUUUUGCUUCACUUGUUUCUUUUGCAUUUUUAUUUUUGUGAAGCAGUCAUUCUAUCUUAAUGUGAAAGAUUAUUUUCUUUUGAACCUUACAAAACCUGUUGCCUAUUGAUUAUAUUUUAAUAAAUGGUAAGUUUUGAC